AUGUUGGCGCUUUUGCUUUCUUUGGUGUAUGGCUUUCUGGCCUCCGCUCCCGCUGUCCGUGCGUUAGGGUCAGCUUGCUCUACUCCGCUCAGUAGCGGGACCGCAGCGCCCACGGACCCCUACUGGAUGCAGAAUAUCAAGCACCAGGGCUCUUCCGCUUUCAAUUCGGACCCUAGCUCUUAUACCGUCUUCCGUAACGUCAAGGACUUCGGUGCCGUCGGUGAUGGUGUUACCGAUGAUACGGACGCUAUCAACUCUGCCAUUACUACCGGCGACAGGUGCGGGAACGGAACCUGCGCCUCGUCCACCCUCACACCUGCAGUCGUCUACUUCCCUCAGGGUACUUAUUUGGUCUCGGCACCGCUGAACUUGACCUAUUUCACGCAAAUGAUCGGUGACGCCAAGGUCCCGCCCACCCUGCUCGCGUCGGCCAACUUCACGGGUCUGGCUGUGAUUGAUGCGGACCCGUACCUCACGGGCGGAGCGAAUUGGUACAAUACCACGAACAACUUCUACCGGGCUGUGCGUAAUUUCGUUAUCGACCUCACCGAAACUCCCGCGAGCGCGAGUUCGACCGGCAUCCACUGGCAAGUAUCGCAAGCCACGUCACUCCAUAAUGUCGUCUUCGAGAUGAGCACCGCGAACGAUACGGCCCACCAGGGUAUCUUCAUGGAGAACGGUAGCGGUGGUAUGAUGGGAGACUUGGUCUUUAACGGAGGCAAGUAUGGCAUGUGGCUGGGCAACCAACAGUUCACUGUCCGCAACGUCACCUUGAACAACUGCCAGACUGCUAUCUAUAUGGCUUGGAACUGGGGCUGGACGUUCCAAGGCAUCACGAUCAACGGUUGUCAAAUCGGCUUCGAUGUGAUCACUGGUGGUUUGGCCAAUGCUGCGCAAACUGCGGGCGCGAUGGCGAUCAUCGACGCGUCCGCGUCCGACACGCCCAUCUUCUACCGGACCUCCGAGGCAUCCAACGGCACGCUUGCCGGUUCGGUCGUCCUCAACAACGUUGUUCUGAACAAUGUGCCCACUGCCAUCGCCGUCCUCAAUGACGCAAACGCAGUCCUUGCUGGUGGCUCGAUGACGAUCAACAGCUGGGGCCAGGGCAACGUGUACUCUGGCACUGGUGGUUCGGGGACGUUCACGGCCGGAGACAUCACGAACCCGUCGAAGGCGGGCAGCCUCAUGGCCGGCGACAAGAUCUUCGGGCGCCCGCUUCCUCAGUACGAGGACUACGCCGUGGAACAAUUCGUGAGUGUCAAGGAUCAGGGCGCGAAAGGCGACGGCUCGACGGACGACACCGCUGCGCUCCAGGCAGUGUUCGACAAGUACGCCGGUUGCGCCAUCAUCUACUUUGAUGCUGGAACCUACGUCGUGACCAACACCCUCCAGAUCCCUGCAGGCACGCAGAUGGUUGGCGAGGUGUGGGCGUCCAUCAUGGGGUCUGGUUCGGCCUUCGAGGACCAGAGCAACCCUCUGCCCGUCGUCCAGGUUGGCACGCCGGGAUCCUCUGGUAUCAUGGAGAUCUCGAACAUCGUCUUCACCACGAAGGGUCCUACUGCUGGUGCGAUCGUCAUCGAGUGGAACGUCAACUCACCCUCCCAGGGCGGCGCAGCCAUGUGGGACAGCUACAUCCGUCUCGGUGGUGCUGCUGGCACUGAUCUGCAGGCAUCGCAGUGCUCUGACGUACAGUCAGUGGGCGCGCCGUCUUGCUUCGCGGCGUUCCUUGGUUUGCACCUGACACCCAACUCCAACGCAUAUAUUGAGGGCACCUGGGUUUGGCUCGCCGACCAUGAUCUUGACGACGCUGCCCAGAGCAGCGUCACGAUUUAUAGCGGUAGGGGUAUCCUGUCAGAGUCCGCCGGUCCUGUCUGGAUGAUUGGCACUGCCGAGCACCAUGUUCUCUAUCAGUACAACCUCGCCGGAGCUCAAAAUCACUACAUUGGCGUGAUGCAGACCGAAUCUCCUUACUACCAACCUCUUCCCAUGCCCCCUACCCCGUUCUCCAUCAAUGACACCUACAAGGACCCGAGCCUUCCCAUCGAUCUGACUGCAGCGUGGGGCCUCUACAUUCAGUCAUCAACUGACAUCACCGUCUUCGGCGCGGGUCUUUAUAGCUUCUACCAGAACAACGAUCAAACCUGCCUCAGCACAACUAUCUGCCAGACGCAGAUUCUCAAUAUCGACUCGUCGUCCACCGGGAUCAGUCUGUACAGUCUCUCCACUGUCGGAGCGAUCAACCAGCUCAGCUUUGGCGGCUUACCUGUCAUCGCGGCCAGCAUCAAUGUCGACGGCAUCCAGAACACUGUCACGGCAUGGACGCAGUAGAGAACGUCGCGCCCGACGCUCAUCUCCAUGCUCAUUUAUUCUAUACCUGAGUCGCGCAGAGUACUGUGCUCCGGGUGUCCUCUCUUUCAGUACCGCGGUCGGUUUUCGGUGGUGUGCAUACAGUACACAUGUACCCUUGUCAUUUCAUAUGGAUAUAGAAC